ACUAUGGACAAGUGGCAGAAAGAUAUAAUAUAUUUUUCUCUGAUAUAUAAAUUCUUCCUUCUUGCUUUGCAGAUGAUUUCAAAUGAAAUACUUCCUGACCAUGAUGCUGGAGUUUUUAACCCUCCUUUUCCAGAAAGUUCUGGGAUUUUUGAUUCUCUCAUUGAUAAACUUUUUGGAGGUUUAAGACGCUGGGAUGCCGUUUAUUUUCUGCAUAUUGCAAAUCAUGGCUACACUUAUGAAAACUGUUUGGCAUUUUUCCCACUUUUCCCUCUCACAGUUUAUAUAUUUUCAUCCUGCCUGUAUUUCCCUUUUUAUUUUAUCUUCAGUUUUUCAAGACUCCUUCUAUUAACUGCUGUUUCUCUUAACAUGAUAUUUUCUGUUCUUUCAUCACUUACAUUAUACAACUUAGGAAAAGAAGCAACAGGGAGCCAAUCAUUGGCUUUCAAAGCAGCAUUAUUAUACAUCCUUUCUCCAGCUUCAGUCUUUUUCAUGGCUCCAUAUUCUGAAAGUCUAUUCAGUUUCCUCUCUUUCACCGGAAUGCUUUUACACCUGAAACAAAGACCGAUAUAUGCUGCCUUAUUAUUUGGUUUUAGUGCUUUAGCACGUUCAAAUGGUAUAGUAGCUCUUGGAUUUAUCUUGCAUUGGAAUUUACAAAAAUUUUUAAAUAUUACCUUUUUAUGUCAAAAGAAGCUGUUAAUGAUGAAAGAGCAUCUUAAAAACUUUAUAUUUACAAUCAUCCAAAUCAUAAUUCUUGUAGCUCCAUUUUUCUUAUACCAGUUAUAUACUUUUCUUCUCUAUUGUAAACCAAAUGACUCAAAGGAACACUUAAUAAAAACUCCUUUUGAUAUUCAUGUAACUAAAUAUGGACAUGAAAUGGGCUUUAAAUUUCCAGAUAAUUCUACCAAUGUUUCAGAGUGGUGUCAUUAUAAACUUCCCAUUUCAUAUUCAUUUAUUCAAAAACAUUAUUGGAAUACAGGGUUCCUUAGAUAUUUUCACUGGAAACAAAUUCCUAACUUUCUACUGGCUUCACCAAUGAUUUGUCUUUGUUUAGCUUCUUGCUAUACAUAUUUUAAACUACAGAGAAGUCACUGCUUAUUCCUUGGACUGACUAUUCCCAGAAGAAGUAAAAUAUCAAAUCCAAAAGCCAUGAAAUAUGGUUUCUCUAAUAUGCAAAUUUUUGUAUUUGGUGCACAAAUGCUAUUUUUUACAAUAUUUGGAUUUUUUUGUAUUCAUGUACAGGUGCUUACAAGACUUAUUGCUUCCAGUUGUCCUUUUGUCUACUGGUUUUCAGCAUAUGUUAUUAGUAUAAACACGCAAGGCGUCUCAGCAGAUGAAGAAAGUGUCACCUUGAAAAAAAAUAGAUUUUGUGGAAUUACGCAAGAAAUUCUAACAAAUAAAUCCAAUGAUAUUUCAAGACUUAUAAUCUUUUACUAUCUUUCAUAUUGCUUCAUUGGAACUAUAGCUUUCUCAAAUUUUUUACCCUGGACAUAGGAUUUUCAGCUGUGCUCAUUGAAAUACUAAAUAUUAUAAUGAUAUAAAUUAAAUAUUUACAUGUCUAUAUGUACUCUGAACCAAUGAAAUGUAAAAAAAGAAAAAUGUUAAAAAAUUCCAUAAAAAUUGGUCUUUCAUUUUCAGUUGUUAUUAACAUUGGUGUCAAAUUUUGGCACAAGGCCAGCAAUUUCGUUGGAGGGGCUAAGUUGGCUACUGGUACUUAUUUUAUUAACCCUGAAAGGACAAAAGGCAAAGUCAACCACUGCAGAAUUUGAACUCAGAAGAUAAAGACAGAUGAAAUGCCGGCAAACCUGAUGUGAUAACAAUUCUGCCAGCUCACUGCCUUUAAAUUAUUGUUAAUAAUGUAAUUAAAAAAAGUAUACAAAUGUGAUGGUGUGCAUUUGAUCAAAUUUUGGACUGGUUUAGAAAACACAAAUACUGACUUGUUAUAAAGUCAAGACAUUUUAUCUAUUUCAAAUAAAAUUUCAUUAAUUUUUCAAA